CCGGCAUGCCCUGUGUCCCGGCGGCGCGGGGCAGGCCGGGGAGCGCGGCGGAGCAGUGCGGUGGUAGCGGCAGGGAGCCCGGAGCAGCAGCAGCGGGGAUGUGGUACGAGAUCCUGCCCGGCAUGGCCAUCAUGGGCAUCUGCCUCAGCAUCCCCGGCCUCUCCACCACCUUCAUGCACCGCCUGUCCAACGGCGGCAAGGAGAAGCGGAUCGCCCGGUACCCGUUCCAGUGGGUGCUGAUGGAGAGGGACCGGCGGAUCUCGGGGGUCAACAAGUACUACGUCUCCAAGGGUCUGGAGAACAUCGACUGAGGUGGCAGCAUUGGGAGACCCCCCAUACCUAUACAAAGUGAUUUAACUCUUUAAUAAAGAUGUGCACUUAAUUCAA